AUGGAGCAGCAGCGGGGUGCCCUGUGGGCUUCACUCGUUUUGGGCUCCCCUUGGCCCCCACGCCCCGGCGAGGACACGACGGCACCAGGGGACAGCCAGGACCGGGGGCUGAUGGUGGCUCUUCGCAUCCGUCCCAUGAGUGCAGCCGAGCUGCAGGAGGGGGCCAAGCCCAUCGCCCACCGCGUGGACGAGCAGGUCGUGGUGCUGCGAGACCCCACGCGAGCCCCCGAUGACGUCCUGCGCGCCAGCCGCCCCCGGGAGCAGCGCUACGUCUUUGACGCAGCCUUCGACGCCUCGGCCACCCAGGAGAACGUGUACCGUGCCACCACCCGCGGCCUCGUUGCGGGCGUCCUCUCCGGCUCCAACGCCACCGUCUUCGCCUACGGCCCCACCGGCUGCGGGAAGACCCACACCAUGCUGGGCUCUGACGGCGAGCCUGGCGUCUGUGCCCGCGCCCUGGGAGACCUCUUCCAGGCCAUCGAGGAUGCCGGCGGGGACACGGAGUACGAGGUCUCCAUGUCCUACCUCGAGAUCUACAACGAGACGCUGCGGGACCUGCUGAACCCCUCGCUGGGCUACCUGGAGCUGCGGGAGGACGCCCGGGGCGCCAUCCAGGUGGCCGGCCUCACCGAGGUCUCGGCCACCAGCGCCAAGGAGGUCGUGCGGCUGCUGGCGAGGGGGAACCGGCGGCGGACGCAGGAGCCCACGGCCGCCAACAGCACGUCGUCGCGCUCCCACGCCGUGCUGCAGGUCACCGUGCGGCAGCGGCACCGCGGCACGGCGCUGCGCCGCGGGCGGCUCCUCAUGAUCGACCUGGCCGGCUCCGAGCGGGCAGCACAGACGCAGAACCGCGGGCAGAGGAUGAAGGAGGGAGCCCACAUCAACAGGUCGCUGCUGGCCCUGGGCAACUGCAUCAAGGCGCUGAGCAGCGCGAGGGGCAGCAAGUACAUCAACUACCGCGACAGCAAGCUGACCCGCCUGCUCAAGGACUCGCUGGGGGGCAAGAGCCGCACGGUGAUGAUCGCCCACAUCAGCCCCGCCAGCACCGCCUUCGAGGAGUCCCGCAGCACGCUCGCCUACGCCGACCGUGCCAAGAGCAUCCGCACCAAGGUGACACACAACCUGCUCAGCGCCUCGUGCUGCGUGGCACGGUGUGGUGGCGCCGUGGCCGACCUGUGCAGGGACAUCCUGCACCCCGACAGCCAGCAGGACUCCGAGCCGGCGCCAGGCAAGCGCCGGGACAUCCACUACAUCCAGGCCCAGGUCCGGCUGGGCCGCCUGCGGGAGGAGCUGCUCGGUGCCUGCCGCGAGCAGGCGGCCCUGCGCCAGCGCCUGCUGCAGCUGGAGGGCACGGUGCUGCGCGCCCGGCUGGAGGCAUCCCGGCACCUCCUCGCCCUCUCCCGCUGGGAGCAGAGGGCACGGCAGUGGGGCAAGGAGCGGCAGAGGGAGCCGGAUGGUCCCGGCGAGACCCAGAGGAACUCGGACAUGGGGGACGAGAAGUCAGAUGCACCAGGACCACCCGCCGUGGCCGUGGCACGUGAGAGCUUCGUGGCACUGGCGGAGGAGCAGGGCAGGCUCCCGGAGCAGAAGGCAGAGCUGGCACGGUGCUUCCAGCAGAGCCAGCAGCAUGCACGAGGGCUGCAGGAGCCCGCGGAGCUGCGCCCCUGCUCCCUGCUCGGGGGCAGCUGCCGGCCCCGCGCCCUCUGCGCCCGCAUCAUCCAGCAGCAGCGGCAGCUCAUCGCCGCAGACCACCGGCUGUCGGUGCCGCGGGCGCUGCAGGAGCUGUACCAGACCCACCUGCGGGAGCUGCCGGGGGGCCCCGACCGCACGGACACCGCCCCCCCCGAGCAGCGCACGCCGCAGGCCAGCACGAACACCCAGCACGACGCCUCCCUGGGCAGUGGGACCGGCUCAGAGGUGGCUGUGGGACGCAGAGAGAGCAGGGAGACGUCGAGCAGCACCAAGAGAAUCUCAGCCAAGGCCACCCGGCGUUGGUGCCACACCCCGGGUGGGGACAGCCUGGAAGGGACAGCCGCCGUCCUGGGGGCCACCCAGCCCAGCCCCUCCCUGGGCACCCGGCCGUGGGCACGCAAGAAGCUGGAGACGAGGGAAGGGUCGCUGGAUGCCAAAAGGAGGAAGGGGAGGAGGCCGCGGUCCUUCGAGGCCACCGGCCACAGGCGCUGUGUCCAUGGUCACUGCUCCGUCCCACAGCUCGUGGCCUCCCCAGGCUCCCAAAUGCUGCAGAACCUCCCCAAGCCCACGGUGCCGGUGGGGACAUGGGCAGCUGGCACCCGGGGGCCCCCCAAAACUCUGCCCAGAGCCAGGCCCCCGCAGAACCAGCAGCCAGGUUUGUGA